AUGCUAGACUGUGGGCACCCUAUUUGCUAUACAUGUAGCAAUGGGUCAACCAGAUACUGCUCGUACUGCUAUGCCACGAAAACGAUCAGGCUUAUUGAUUAUGCGAACCUUCGCCGGCUAAGAGAGUGGCAAAGCAGACAGAGCACGGCUACAACGAGCAACGCAAAACCAACGCCCACAGCUGCUGCAGGCCCACCGAAAGCUGCGCCUGCACCAGAAAAGCCCGCACAAAAUUCGAAGCCAACCGCGAGCGCGACCUUUGCGCCGUUUUUCAAAUUCGAACAGCAUGGGCGCCGGCUUGGGUGCAGCAUUUGUCGCAGUGUAGAUGCGGACGGUAUAAAUAUGUACAUGGCCACAUGCGGACAUCCUGUUUGUCGAACGUGCCUUCCGAAAGCUUACGGCGGCUGGUGCGCGAACUGUGGGAAGCAAAUUCAGUCGGUCAAGUCGACUUCACAAGACGACCGGCAACGAGUACAAAAUUGGCUCGCGACGACCGCACUGAAUGCGAACAAGGCAACCACCAGCCCUUCUUCAGCCCCGACAACGAGUCAAGUGCCAAAACCGGAAGUGGUCGAGCUGAAGCUUUUGACCGAAGAAAAUGACGAGCUCAACACGCAAAUUGAAGGGUUGCGGAAAGGACAGGGAACAAUGACAAAGCAAAGGAAUGCUGAAAAAGCCGAAUUUGAGGAGAAGAUCAAAAACCUAACUGAAGAAAAGAAAAAGCUCGAGUUACGCCUAACCGAGCAGGCCAAGCAUCUGGAGAACAGCUUGAAGUCUAACCAGCAAAAGGAUGUGGAGCUGGAAGGCAAGAAUCUGCGCUUGACGAGCGAGAUCCUGGAGUUGAGGGAAAGCGCCGUGACGUACACUCGAAUCCGGGUCAAAAUUACGAAUAUUCCGAUGGACGACACGCAAGAGGACGUGAUCAAGAAGUGGCUCGACGGCGGGAAGCAUUUGAUUUAUUGGGAUGAAAGCCCUGAUAUGUUCAUGCGAUUGCUCGCAGACGACACCCAAUCGUGCGUUGCGUAUCUGGCGAAUGAGGAAGCCGCUCUAGAGUUAAAAAACCGCUUCCACGAUUCCGACGUUGAAGGGAGGAAACUUCAAUUCGAUUUGGAGAUCCUGAAGCGAAAAGUUGAAGCAGAACUAAAGCAAGUGCCGAAACCCUUCAACGAUCAAUCGAAACCGGCCGAAAAAGUGAAACCGCUAGGAACUAUCAAAAAGCCCGAGUUUGAUAAGAAACCCGCUCCUGCGCCAUCGACCCAAAAAGCUUAUGUGCCAAGGGAACAACAGGCUAACGCCAGCCAAGCCACUUCAAAAGCUUCAACAUCUACGCCGACUCCUCCAAAAUCUUCUACCCCCGAUCCAAAAGCCACAAAUGUUCUCUCGAUUCGCGGUUUCGGCAAUGAAGCUACGGACAAGGAAAUUAUUCAAUUGGUCGAUGGUAGCACGCAGCUCUUCCAGAAGAAGGAUGGAAAACCCCGCAUCGAAAAGUACCCCGGCUACCACCUUGUGUACAUGAACACGCCGAUAAUCGCCGAAAAGGUUUUCAACCGUCUCCAAGGCAGGACCUACAAAUGGGGCAAGCUGCAGGUCAGCUACCAUCUG